AUGGCAAGACCUAUCAAUAAUAAGGCCGUUAUCCUAGGUGACUUUAACGCCAUACACUACUCGUGGCAGGCUGCAGAGACGAGGGAUAGAGGAAAUGACAUCGCCAAAUGGGCAGAAAACGAAGGGCUCACGCUCCUCAACCCCCUAAACGAACCUACUAACCCACAUAGCAACACUAUAGACCUGGCAUGGUCAAAUAUCCUGGGAGCCUCGGCGACCAUUGAAGGCCACCUGGCCACUAGCUCUGACCACUACACCAUCGCCGUCACACUACCACGCGUGGUAGGCAUGGUACGAGAUAACGUUUGGCUGCUUCCGGAUAAAGGGGACAUACAGGAAGAACUUGACACUGCAGCAGCCGCGCUACAAGACCUAAUCUCAGGGGCAGUUAACAAUGUAGGCCGAACGCCCCGGAAGAACCUGCCGCACACGAAGUGGUGGAACAAACGAUGCGACAAGCAGUACAAGCUGCACCGAGAACUCCGGCGAGAGCAACUACUAGGCUUUAGUAAAGAAGUCCAGCUAGCACAAGUAGCCUUCCGAAGGGAAGAACCGAAGGACAUCUGGCCUAUUAUGCGCUGGACCCAACCAAAGAACCAAGCACAAGCGCUACCUAUUGAAUAUGAAGGGAAAGCACACGUUAGCCUGCUAGAGAAGACAGAAGCACUGCGCUCUGCAAUCCUAGAUCGAUUUACAGCAGAGGAUGACAUACCUGACCCGUGGGUGCCUAUCGACUCUGCUCCGAUUAUUAAGCUCCCUAUGGAACUCAUACUAGAAGAAAUGACAUGGGCGGUCACCUCGACAGGUAACACAUCCCCAGGCUCUAAUAACGUUACUGUCAACGUCCUUAAGGCUAUCUGGCCAUAUAUCAAGGAGUAUGUACUGUGGCUGUAUCAGAGAUGCCUUGCACUCGGACACCACCCACUGGCUUUCAAGCUAGCAGAAGUGCAACCAAUUGCCCUCCUCUCCUGCCUCUCUAAAGGCCUAGAAAGGCUGAUAGCAAAACGGAUGGCCUACGCUGCGGUCAACCAAGGCGUAUUGCACCCCAACCAAUUCGGUGCCCUACCAAAACGCUUAGCCACAGACCUUACUGCCAUCCUCACGCAUAUUAUAGAAGAUGCCCUGAACCGAGGACUGGUAGUCACUGCAAUCACCGCUAACAUCAAAGGAGCCUUCAAUGCAACCCUGCAGAACCGAAUAGCGCUUGCUCUCAGGCGACAAGGCUGGCCGGAACCGAUAAUUCGAUGGACGCACUCCUUUAUGACAGACAGAUUAGCAAGGAUCAGGCUACAGGACUUUACUACAGACUACCGCCCCCUUAACUGCGGCCUCCCCCAAGGCUCGCCCGCAUCGCCUAUCCUGUACAUGCUGUAUAUCGCAUGGAUCUAUAGCAUAGGGAACACAGGCUUCACACACCCGGCAGUAAAGACAAAGAUUGCCCCAGCGACCAGACUAGGAUAUGCUGAUAACACCACCAUGAUACGAAUUGGCAAGACCCUUACUGAGACCGCCCAACUGGCUACCAAUGACCUAGCUGAAAUCAUCCAAGAGGGAAAGAAGCGAGGUAUCCUGUUCGGACCUGAAAAGACAGAAGUAAUGCACUUCACCCGCAAGCACCACAAGGAAAGCCCAACCAUCACGCACAAAGGCCGAGUAGUGAAAGCAGAGGGGGAGAUAAGAUGGCUCGGCGUGUGGUUUGACAGGAAGCUUACCUUCCGCAACCAUGUAAUGAAGUGGUCAGCUAAAGCCCGCACGGUCUCUAGUCUGCUCUGA